UUUAAUACUUGCUUCAUCAAUUUUUUUGUGAAAUUUUAGUUUUAUUUUCGGUUUUUAUAAAUAACCGAAAUUAAAAGUGUUUAUAUUUAUGCGGGAUACACUUUUGUCUUCGCUAUUUACUAAUAUAAUUUCCGAAGACAAAGGUGGAGACAUUUAUUUUCGGUCAUUACAUAAAUAAUGAAGACAAAAGUGUUAUUUUCCACUUUUAAUCCAAACCCUUAAUUUCCCUCCUCAAACCCACGACUCUUCAUUUUCCCCAAUUUUUGUCCAAACCCUUAACCCUCCUCAAACCCACACCUGAAACCCUCAAACCCACCCAGCACUCUUCGAUCGGUUACAGCUCUCGACGAGGACGACGACGACGGAGACAAGGAGGAAAGACAACGACGACAAGGACGCCUCUUCCUCCUCCUCAAAUCUUUCUAUUAGAGGUUUUGUGGUUAAGCAUCAAGAAUCUAAAUUGGAAGGAGAGUGGUUAAGCAUCAAGAAUCUAAAUUAGAAAGAGAACACGAUUUUUUCCAAGUUUUGAGCUAGAGGAAUUUAUUUUAAAUUUGCGGUAUGGAUAAAUCGUGGAUGCUUGAGAGGAGAGAAACACCGCAAUUUCUAGAUGGGUUCAACAAAUUUCUAGAGUUUGCCCUAAAAAAUUCUAGUAAUCACGAACGAAUUCCCUGUCCGUGUGUAGAUUGUUGUAACGGAACAAAAGGGAAUAUUACGAUGAUAAAGGAUCACGUAAUUUGUCGGGGUUUCAAUAGAAGCUACACUACAUGGUAUUGGCACGGAGAGCGAUCAACUAGUGACCCAUAUCCGUUAGGGAAGCGGGGGGUAGAUGAUUUCGAGUUUAAUGAUGUUGAUGACUUUCCUAUGGAAUUGCUUGAUGAAGCACAAGAGGAGUUUCUUGAUGAUCCUGAAAAAUUAGACAAUUUGGUUAGUGAUGCAGAAAAACCCUUGUUUGAUGGUUGUAAAAAAUUAAGAUUACCAACAUUGGUAAAAUUUUACAACAUUAAAGCUGAAAAUGGGGUGAGCGAUAAGGGUUUUAGUCAGUUCUUAGCUGCUUUUAAAGAAAUUUUGCCUGUUGAUAAUUGUUUUCCGGUGUCGACAUAUGAAGUGAAAAAAACUUUAAAUGCGAUAGGAUUGAAGUAUGAAAAGAUCCAUGCAUGUCCGAACGAUUGUAUUUUGUAUCGAAAGGAAUAUGCAGACAUGGAUAGUUGCCCAACUUGUGGUUUACCUCGCCACAAAACGAAUAAGAGUGAGGAGAAAAGGAAACUUAUUCCUCAAAAAGUGAUGUGGUACUUGCCUUUGAUUCCUCGUCUCAAACGAUUAUAUCGUAGCUCGGAGCACUCUGAAAACUUGAUAUGGCAUGAUACUAAGAGAGUGAGAGACGGUAAACUUAGGCAUCCUGCAGAUUCGCAAGCAUGGAAAAAAGUAGAUUACUUAAAUCCAGAAUUCAAGUUAGAACCAAGACAUCUUCGUCUUGGUCUAUCUGCAGAUGGAGUAAACCCACAUAGAUCACUGAGUAGUAGGCAUAGUUCGUGGCCUGUCUUCCUUGUUAUGUACAAUCUUCCUCCUUGGUUGGUGAUGAAAAGAAAAUUUAAUAUGCUUUCGCUCAUGAUCUCAGGACCAAACCAACCGGGCCAUAAUAUAGACGUAUACUUGGCACCAUUAAUUGAUGAUCUAAAAGAGUUGUAUGAGAAUGGUGUUGAGACAUAUGAUGGUUUUAAAAAAGAAAUGUUCAAAUUGAAGGCCGUGUUAUUGUGGACUGUUAGUGACUUCCCUGCUUAUAGCAAUUUAUCGGGUCUGAGCACAAAAGGUUACCAAGGUUGUCCAAUUUGCUGCACUAACACACGAGCACGUCGCUUGACGAAUGGACACAAAAUGUGUUAUAUGGGCCAUAGACGGUACUUGCCUCGAGAUCAUCCUGAUAGAAGGAAAAAGAAAGCAUAUGAUGGUACUGAAGAACGAGAUAGUGCUCCUUUGCCAAUGUCAGGGGAACAAAUUCUUGAACAAGUAGAACAUGUAGAUUUCAAGUAUGGAAAGACACAAAAAAGAAAGAAAACAAAUAGUUGUUUUCAACGAAAGUCAAUUUUUUUUCGUCUUCCAUAUUGGAAAGAUCUAAUGGUUCGACAUUGUUUAGAUGUUAUGCAUAUAGAAAAAAAUGUGUGUGACAGUAUCAUCGGUACCUUACUUGAUAUUCCCGGCAAAACUAAAGAUGGUUUAUCAAGUCGUUUGGAUCUUGUUGAAAUGGGAAUUAGACAAUCUUUGGCACCUGAACAGAAAGGUAAACGCUUAUAUUUGCCUCCUGCAUGUUACACUUUGUCAAAGAAAGAGAAAGAAAUUGUUUGCAAAUCAUUAUCGAAUAUGAAAGUCCCUGAUGGAUACUCUUCUAACAUUAAAAACUUGGUAAAUACGGAUGAAUUGAAGCUAAUGGGUAUGAAAUCACACGAUUGUCAUGCGUUAAUGCAACAUUUGCUUCCAAUCGCCAUCAGAUCGGUCUUACCCAAAAAGGUUAGAGAGUGUUUGACUCGUGUUUGUAUUUUCUUCAAUCAACUAUGUGGGAAGGAAUUAGAAAUGAGCAAGUUGGAUGCAUUACAUGAGGAUAUAGUCAAGACUUUGUGCAACCUUGAAAGGUAUUUUCCACCAUCAUUCUUUGACAUCAUGGUACAUUUGAUGGUUCAUUUAGUGAGAGAAGCAAAGUUGUGUGGGCCAGUUUGGGCAAGAUGGAUGUAUCCAUUUGAAAGGAAUAUGAAAGUGCUCAAAAGCUAUGUGCGUAACCAUCAUCGACCGGAAGCUAGUAUGGUUGAGUGUUAUAUAUCAGAAGAAGCUGUUGAAUUUUGUUCAGAGUACAUAGCUGGAGUUGACACAAUCGGAAUCACCAAACCAAGAAAUAAUUCAGAUGAGUUUGAUAAAGGAUUGCGGGGGAAAGGAGAAAUGGUUACUGUAUCUAGGGCAGAGUUAGAUCAAGCUCAAUUAGUUUUAAUGCACAAUAAUGCAGAGGUUCAACCAUAUAUAACGUAAGUUAUGCAUUUGGUUGAUCAAUUGAAUUCAUAAUCCAUUCAAUUAACUAAUUUUUUUUUACAUAUAUUAUUUUUGAUUUUCAAUUUAUUUUGGUGAAGGGUAGUGAGCAUAUGGAGUUAUUACAGUCAAUGAUUCCGAGAGGUCACAAAAACAAACAGAAGUGGGUUAUAGAUGAGCAUCGUAAAACAUUUAUUAGGUGGUUAAAGAAUACCAUUCUAGCGAAGUUACGACAACCA